AUGGCCGUCGAUCCUCUCACGGCAAUCGUCGGCGGCACCAACGCGCACCCGAAGGCGUUCCCGUGGCAAGCCCUGAUCGUCAGCGGCAGAUCAAAAUGCGGAGGGGUUCUCAUCUCCACCUCGUGGGUCCUGACCGCCGCGCACUGCUUCAGGAACGUGUCUCGCGUGCAUCUCGGGGUGACCAACUACAAAUCUUCCAAGGCCAACUGGCAGUCUAAGGACGUCGCCGUGUACGCGAAGCACAAGCUCUACAACGGACACUCGGACUCCGACGACAUCGGUUUAAUGAAGCUGGCCAGUCCGGUCAAGAUAAACGACUACGUGAGGCCCGCCUGCCUGCCGAAACCUGGCGCGGACUUCGAGACGUCGUACCCCUGCUUCAUUUCGGGCUGGGGCAGGACCAGCCCCAAAGCCGUCAAGGGCCAUCACGUUUUGCAGUUUACGAGAGUGGACGUCCUGCCGCAGAACAUCUGCGUGUACAUGUGGAAACUGUCCGCCAAGGACGUCGACAUGAGGAACAUCUGCACGGACAAGACCAGGUCGAGCCGGGGCGCGUGUUUUGGGGAUUCUGGCGGACCCCUGACCUGUGAAAUGGAUGGGCGGUACUACGCCGCUGGCGUGGCCAGUUUUAUUUAUGGACAUUGCGACGCCAGGUUCCACCCAGACGUCUACACUCGGGUUUCUCAGUACGAACACUGGAUUUUUACGACUAUCCAUAAGUAUGGAUUUAAAUAA